AUGGUUCGUCAACAUGCCCCUUUUUCUUUCUGGUUUCUUGCCACCAUUCUUUGGUUUGUCCUGGUACAGGCCAAGACGCAAAGCCCGGAGCGCCAUUGCCUGGGUGGUGCUUUUGUCGGCAUCGAUCCAGCUUGCGAUGCCAACAACUUUGAUGGGCUUCAAGGUCACCCCGCAAGUGAGAUCCUCUAUGAGAUCAUCAUGCAAGCCGACCUACCCAACGACACCUUCUAUUCCAAUGAGUCGCAUGUGACAUGCCUUUUCAAGGAUGCCAAGUUUUUCCUCGACUUUGGAGUGGAAGCUGGGGCAAAAGGCGUCGGGGUCAGCUUCGACAUUGACAUACGCGUUCCAGGGAUACGAGCACUUUGUGUCUUUCCGAAGGAUGUUCCAAAGGGCGGACUUACGCUUGGUGAGAUACGGGAGCUGUCGCGGGCUUUGAUCGACGAUUGUGAGAAAUGCGGCCGCAUCACAAAGAACUACUUGUCAAAGAAUGAAUCUGAUCUCGGUUGGCUCGACUUCAACUGGAAGAAGAGCGCAAUUUGUCAAGAUAACUGCAUCGACCCUGAGAAAGAUCUCAAAACGGUUAACAGCACUUCGGCUGACGAUGAUGAAAAUGGGGGCAUGUCAUCUCACGGGCCAGCUGGUCUGAAGCUGACGUUAGCAAUUCUGUCUGGAUUUUGGCUUCUGGCCCAUUUCGCACUUUAG